AUGUCUACUCAAGCUAUCACCUUAUACGGCCACGGCCCUUCUCCCAAUCCAUGGAAGGUCGCAGCACUCCUCGCAGAGCUGGACUUGCCAUACAACUGGAUAGAGCUCGACCAGAAGCAGAUUAAGUCAGAGCCUUACACCUUGAUCAACCCUAACGGACGCCUUCCAGCUAUUGAAGAUCCCAAUACUGGGAUCGCCAUCUGGGAAUCCGGGGCAAUCAUCGAAUAUCUCGUCGAAACUUACGACAAAGAGCACACAAUUAGCUUCGAGCACGGCUCUAAGGAUUACUUCCUCGCCAAACAAUGGCUUCAUUUUCAAAUGUCCGGCCAAGGCCCAUACUUUGGCCAGUUCUCGUGGUUCACCCGUUUCCACCCAGAAAAGGUCCAAAGCGCUAUUGACCGCUACCUCAAUGAGAUCCGUCGGGUCUCCGGCGUUCUGGACGGCGUCCUUAAGGAUCGCGAGUACCUCGUCGGCGACAGGUUCAGCUAUGCUGAUGCAGCUUUCCUUCCUUGGUUCGACUCCAUCCCGUUCUUCACUGAUGCCAUCAAAUUCGACACGGAAUUUCCCAAUCUCUGGGCUUGGUUGGAGAAGAUUCGCACGCGCCCAGCAAUUGCGAAGGUCUGGGAAGAGAGGGCAAAAGCAGCAGCUGCGGCGAGAAAACAUUAG